AUGGGUCAUGGGUUUAUUGGAGUUAUGGGGGCUGUAGGGGCUGGUCCAACAUUUGGUAUCAGAGCCUUAGGCUCAACACGUGGGAUCUGUGAAGAGGUUCUAUGUGAACCUGUUGUUGUUGAGUCGCCUGCCCAGAAGCCAUCCACAAAGAAACUAAACAGUAAAAGUUAUCAUGGUGAAGCUAUGCUGGUUGGAAGGGCCAAUGUUGGAUUGUCCAUUUCAGAAUGGCCGAUAUAUGAAAAAGACGACAAUACCAUCUACAAGAUGCUAACCACAAGCAAGAAUUACAUGUUGAUACUCAAAAAAUGUCUCUGGUUGAAUAGAGGAGAAGAUCAGAUAAAAGAUAUUUUCGGUCUCGAGUUCGAAGAAUCUUGA